AUGGCUUCCACCUUGACCGGUCCUGCUCUCACCGCUUCCAGAAAUGCAUUGUCAGCUGCGAUGGCGGACCAUCCUGACAUCGAGGAGGACUCAAAAGAGUCUGGAGAAGUUCAAGAAGUCAACAUGGAAAGUCAGGCGGAAAGCAUUCGAACCGUCUUCAGUGACCCUACAAAUUUCAACGUCAAGCAUCCGCUGUAUUCGUCUUGGACUCUCUGGUUUGACUCACCAGCAACCAAAGGUCGUAAUCUUCCUCAAACCCCCGUUUCCGCCUUCCCUCCGACCCCUGUAGCUCAGACCCCGGGCCCAGCUGCUGCUCAAGGCUGGAUGGAAGAUAUCAAACGUGUAAUUAGCUUCGAUAGUGUCGAGGAAUUCUGGGGUCUGUACAACAACAUUGUCCCACCCUCUCAGUUACCUCAAAAAGCAAAUUAUUAUCUUUUCAAGGAAGGAAUCAUUCCGGCUUGGGAGGAUGAAGCAAACAAAAACGGUGGGAAAUGGAGCAUUCAACUUCCCAAAGACAAAAACAGGGGAAAUGUGGACAAAAUGUGGUUAUACACGAUGCUGGCUGCCAUCGGGGAGACUUUCGAUCCAUCAUUGACUACAGCCGACCCUUCCUCACCAACACCUGCAUCCCUCAUUACCGGGGUAAUUGUAUCAACUCGUCCGCAAUUCUACCGGUUGUCAAUCUGGACACGAUUGGCGCCUGGCGUAUCAGCAACGGAAGAAGGAGGAUUAAAGGAGCGUAUCGAAGGGGUUGGCCGUCAUUUCAAGUACAGUGUUCUAGGAUACCCAGAGAACGCAAAAUUGGCAGGACCGUUAGCAACUGAGGUCGAGUUUUUGUCGCACAAGGAUUCAGAAAAGAAAAAAGGAGCGAAGAAGAUCACAGUUUGA